UCUGUUGCAUUUGGGGAUGAUGGAGGACGACGAAGGUUACAUGGUAUUGAACCUCCGACCAACGAACGGAAACUCAGCCAGUCCGUCUCCAGAUGGGAGCCAAGAGGUUUCUCCAAGUCCCCGUUGUUACAGAAUCACUCUAGGAGCUUUGGGGGCCUGGUGUAUCAUUCUGACGUUAGCAGGGAUUGCACUAGGCGCCUGGGUUUUCCAGGGCCCAGCUCAUGAAGACCGUCUUAGAGCAGCAGGAAACGCAUCCCUGGAGGAGCUAGUGUCUCACUUAAGGCAGCGUCUGUGUGACUCAGCACCCGGCAGUGCUGCAGAUGGUUCCGGGUGCCAAGUCUGCCCCCGGUACUGGCUGCCCCACAGGGACAAAUGCUAUUGGGUCUCUAAAGACAGUAAGUUCUGGAGCGAGAGCUUCAAAGACUGUGAAAAGAGGACGUCUCAGAUGCUGGUGAUCCAGGACAAGGAGGAGAUGGAGUUCAUACAGAACAUUACUCAAAGGACAAGCCUUGUUUGGAUUGGACUUACCAUUAAAUCUCCAGAGAAGAAAUGGACCUGGGUGGACACUUCCCCAUUAGAUCAAAGUCUGUUCCCAGUAACUGGCUCUGCUGAAGGAAACAGCUGUGGGAUGAUCAGAAGGAAUCGGAUUAAUUCUGAAUCUUGCAACACCGAAUUCAAGUGGGUUUGUGAGAUGGGAGCCAUCCUGCUAUAAACCUGGUUGGAAAAAAUGAAAGCUUUGUAUUUUAGUAUAUGGGCAGUGAUGAGUUUUAUGACUUGGAGUUAUACAUUUUAAGCCCAUGGCUGGAUCACCAUGUGGUUUUGAAAAGGGAGGAGAAAAAAUAUUUCCAAAUAUAAGUGGAUGAAAUUGUUUGUGGCUUUCUUCUAGAGGGAGGCUGGUCUUGUGUUGUGGGAUUCAGGAGAUCUGGGAUGAUCUUUUGUGACUUUCU